AGUCUAAUGAUAAGGUAACCCUAGUCCUCUGCAGUAAUGGAGGCUUUUAAACCAUGCUCCUCAUUAGCUCAGGGAAGAGGGAUCCAUGGGGCUGAUGAUGUUAUACCCAGAGCAUUUCACAAACAAAUCAUUUUCAUCAUAUCAGUAACUAGCGUCAAUUAAAAAUAUAUAUGACGUGCCACUCCUUUAGAUUAUUUGAGCUUAUUUUACCCCACUGCCCAUAACAAGAACAAGGAAAUAAAAGCAUUACAGAGGUGUCGUAAAAUAUGAGAAUCAUUAACAUAGUGGCCGUUCCUUAAGUUUACCAGGCUAGCUUUGCAUUACUUGUCCCUUGCUUUUACUGCCUGGUGUGUAGAUUUUUUGUUUUUUUAUAGCAAUGUACAAUGCAUACCGUGUACCUGCGCUUUACCAUUCUUUAGCUUAUAAUUUUACACUGUGAUUUUAAUACCCCUUUUAUAGAACAUACUACAAUAACACUUAAAGGGGGUUGGUUUCAUUUGUUCUCAUCCUAAUGGCUCAUUCUUUGGGGUACUUCCACCUGCAGUGUUUCUUUUUUGGUCCUCUUUCAAUCAUGUUUCCAAAACACCAUUAACUAAUUUAACUCGCCCUCUUGUUUUUAUUGGACUGAGUAAUUAUUACCAGUGCACAUGCAUUGCAUUAUUUGGAGCUCUCCCUUGCAGCUAUAGCGCAGCUGUUGCGUUGGUAAUCGGAAUCUUCACGGAUGAGAGAUUGUUUCUAUAGCGACAGGGUAUUUAUUGCAGUUGCAGCGGGCUCUGUACACUCCCCGGCGGAGAGCUGGACUUUAGAACUGGAUGAGCUCUUGUGAAGCAGCAGGGAGCGGGGACAACGGCAACAGGUAGAAUAGGAGUGACCCACGCUGCUAAAGCCAUGGCAAAGUUCCUUACCCAAGAUCAAAUUAAUGAAUUCAAGGAGUGUUUCUCUCUGUAUGACAAGAAGCGCAAGGGGAAGAUUGUGGCGAAGGAUCUCAUCACAGUGAUGCGCUGCCUGGGGACCUGCCCUACAUUCGGAGAAGUGGACCGGCUGCUUCAGGUGCACAAAAUAGAUAAGAACGGGGAGCUGGACUUCUCCACGUUCCUUACAAUGAUGUACAGACAGAUGCAGCAGGAGGACCCCAAGACAGAGAUCACUGAGGCCAUGCUGAUGACAGACAAGAAGAAGAAGGGCUACAUCCUGGCAUCAGAGCUGAGAGCCAAACUCACAGGGCUGGGAGAGAAACUCACCGACAAAGAAGUUGAUGAUCUCCUGAAAGAAGCAAACGUCGGCUCUGAUGGCAUUGUUCGCUAUGAAGAGUUCAUCGCAAUGGUGACCCUCCCACCACCGGAUUACUGAGCUUCUACAGAAGCAAUAGAAAUGCACACACCUGGGAACUCACGCUCAGCUUUCACAUCCAUCUGUCUCUUAUCAAUUAUUAAUCCAGCGCUUUCAAAAGGCACUGCGUCCCAUUUCGCAGCCCAGUAUAUCUUCCCAUGUAAUCCAUCCCAUUUUAACAGCUUGUCAAGUGAACAUGGAUACUGGGGUUUUUAAUACUGAAUGCCAAUGGAUAUAUAUCUGAUAAUUUGUACUCUAGAUCGAGAUGGGUCACGGAAACUAUAAUAUAUUAACUACAGUUUCACACAACCAGGUGCAUUUCAUUUAUUUCUUUAAAAGGGCAGAGGUUGUUAAAUUAUGAUGAACUGAGGCAGUUAAGAUGGCCUCCCAAAUACACAGAUUUGCAGAACCUAAAUGUAUAAAACUGGCAGUCUAUCAUUUUACUUUAGAGCACAAAUUAUUUUGUUCCUUGACAAACCACUAGAUGGCCUUGAAUAAACCCAGUGUUUGCUUAACAUUGCUGUAUGUGUGAAUGGUUGAAUAUGAAUAUACAUUUCUUUAUUUUAUUAUUCCAAAUGUCAUCCAAUACCCCAUUAAAACAAACCUUUAGGAUGACUAAGCCACGUGGUAUAAACCCAGCUGUUGAUUCUUUUAAACACCUUUAAGAACGGACAAUGCAAAACCCACAGAUCUACCUUUACAAGGAUUAGCAACUAGAAAAAUGUUUAUUUAAAAAUAACAACUUUAGAAUGUUAGGUUCACGGAAAAAACACACACACAAAUACCCAGUAGCUGAAUGUGUUUUAUUACAUCUAAAGUUCUCUACAUAAACAGGUAACAUUGAAUAGUUCAACAAUUUCUUCCAAUGCAUGUAAUAAAUAUUUUUCACUUCGUACUUUAUACAAACUGACAUUGGUCUACUGUACAUAUUUUUUUGUUUUCUUUAAAAAUUCAUUGUUUCAGGUUUGGCAUGCCAUAAAGAAAGAUUUGUGAAGAAAUGUAAGGCAGUGAAUGCAGAUAUUAGCAGAGCAUGGACUUUCAGGAGGCUCUGCUAAUUGGUUUAGUUUUGGAGCGAUUGGAAUAUGUCUAAUUAAAAUAUUAAACUAGUUCUACGCGGUUUUGUCGACUUAAAGAAAUAAACACACUAAUUACUGGAAAUUAUAGAUUACAAACCUCUGAUGUUCCAAGAAUACCAUCACACACAUGUAUUAUAGUUACAUUUCCCUUUCAAGUUUGCAGCAAUGUACUGUAUAUUUAAAAAAACCUACCAAAAUUAACUUUUCAAAUGCAUGAAGUAUUCCAUUGUAAUUCUGAUCAGAUGCUUGCAUGAUUCACAGGGGUUUACUGUGUUGUAACCAAACUCACAACAAACUAAAAAAGCAUUAAUACAAGCAUGCCUUUGAAACAAAACAUGAUCCUGUUCGAGCCAAUUUCAUCACUUCACACAGGGCAUGCAUGUCUCAGAUAUUUAAAAUUAGGAAUACGGGCUGAUGCAUCUGAUCUUAAAACACAAUGUUCAAGUGUUUCAUCAGUUGAAUGUCCAGGACCACCAGUACAAUGUCAUAGCACAUUAAACACAUUAUCUAAAUAUUUCUGAAAAGGGUACCAGUACAGACUUUCCAGUUACUAAAUAUUUAGAAAAAAUGCUGCAUCUGGUAAAGAUAACUGUGCAUUGUGUGUAAAGCAGUGUGUUACAGACUUACCUGGUCCCAAUUUAGUUUUGUGGCUUGGUCUUUACGGCGUUUCAUAACAGGUCAAAUUAUUGAUGUGUCCCCAAAUUAGACCGGACUUAUCCCCCCCCCC